AACAUUGUAGCAAGGAAAGUACCUCGGAUAGGGGCCGGUUGCGGGAGAUAUUGUGAUAUUUUAAUAAGUAAAAUACUCCUGCAAAAACGAGCACAAUGUCUCUGCUAAGGCCUCUUUCGUUUAUCACGGGGUUAGUAUCCCGAACGGUACCCAGCAACGUACGGCACAUUCAUCGGUCCGCGAUGCUGUGCAAAGUGGAGGAUCGCAAGGCAAUGCUUGCUUCGUUGCCGACCAAAGAUGAAGGCACCGUCGGUGAACGUUCGAUCGACAUCGAUUCCAUGAUCGAUAAAAAGAGCAGCAUAUUUCCGGACGCAGGCACACCCACAGCACUCUUCAACGGGGUCCCGUUUAACGAGAUACCGAUCUGCCACAUUCGCGUUUCCCCCAACAACACCAUCAUCUCCAUCACCGAUGCCAAGGGUGUGCCACAGUUCAUCCGGUCGUGCGGUAUCGAAGGGUUCAAAAAUACCCGCAAGGGCACGAACAUUGCCGCGCAAGCUACCGCCAUCAGUAUCAGCUCGAGGGCGAUCGAACGUGGCUACAAAACGGUCCGUGUGACCGUUCGUGGACUCGGCCCGGGACGGAUGUCUGCCAUUAAAGGCCUCGAGAUGGCAGGUUUGAACAUCAUUUCCAUCACGGAUACGACACCCGUCUCUUGGAACCCACCGCGCCCAAGGAAGCAGAGGAAACUGUAGUCACCGAAACAUCUUGUUGUGUCAUUGGACCGUAUUCCUGUGGGAAAGGGAGAAUGUUCAGUGAAACACACGUACAUAAAUGUUACACUUCAGUUUUAUUAUUAAAAAUAAUAAUAGUAAAAACCUAACGGAAAUUCUUCUAAAAACAAAAUCCCUCCCCCUAGGGAGGGACAACUGUUACGUUGCGUUUGCUGGCGGGUAGAAGGGAAAAGGACACACGCCUUUGCCGAAAGGAAGAAGAAGGCGGAAGAGCAGAAAAGGCUUCGUACCAUGUGGUAUGCUUGGUUUUCUUAUUAUUUUUUUUUCUAUCUCUAUGCGGUACCCUGAAGAAGACCAAAUAAAAUCCGUUCCGGUUUGCAU